CUUGCGUGAACUUCUUGGUCAAGUCCCGCACGCAUAGGAGAGUGCCGUCUUCACAAGCAGCCCGGCGGACGCGUGGUCCUUCCGCCAGAUCCCUCCCCGAUUCGAUGCAGAUGUUGUGCACACGAAACGAAGAUAUUAUUGUCGCCGUUUUCUUCGAUGUCAAGACCUGCGUCACGACGUCGACCGAGAACCAGGGCAGCGUGAGGCAGUUUUUAAACCAGGCAAGUGUCAAGAAUUCUUUCUGUGAGACUUUCGCGGAGAGGGUUGCAUCUCUGCGACCAAUACUGAAACAGUGCGCCGAUGGAGACAUGAACGACGCGGCAUUACGAUCGGUGCAAGACGAGUUCUUACGUUUCGGGCCCGACGUCGAUCAAAUGCGGCAUGUAUGCUUUACAGCAGCUGCCUAGCACGCGCGUAGGUAUGUAUGCCUUCUCGUUCUGAGGGGCUCACGGGUGAUUCAGGCAUGCACAUUUUUUGGCUGACACAAUUCGCUUGUUGCAAGCAGCCGCUACCUUGGUGUUUGUGUUCGAACCCCGCUGUUGGGGAAACGAGGUUUGGAUAGUCAGUCCUCGGCACGCAUGUGAAACAUAAUCAUUGGCAUAUCAACUGCGGUAUUUAUUUAUGUGAUUGAGAUCAUGGUGCGAAAUUGAGUGAAAACGAGCGGAGUACGGCUGCUCGACGUGAACAGGUGGAUUAAUACGGCUUCGAAACAAUCCAUAAUACCAUUGCUGCAAUACGAGGGCCAGCGUAGAAGUUUUGUGAACCACAAUGGCACGUUGGACGAUGUAGGCCGUCUGGGAGCAUCGCUGGGCUGACAAGCAGUGCAGCGUAAGAGUUAAACGUAUUGGUUUGAUAUUGCACAAUGGGGUUUGUUCGAUAUGCCUUUUGCUGCAGCGGAAGCAGCCAGGCAUUGUUUCUCCCCGCUCCGAAGAGUGGGCACGUGGGCACGGGGAGAGUUACGCAUGGCACAGCAUCGUCCAACUGUAAGCGUAGCCGAGGGAGGGAGGCCAUGAUGCGCUAAUACUGCUUGCUGUUGGCUUCCACGGCUGGACUCUGCGCACUGCUGCUGUCACUCAAAGCACAAACGGAUAAUCUCGCGAGGCACUCCUUGCAGCGGGUCGGCAGCCGAUCACAAUCCUUAGACCUUGUUGAGGGGGCACGAACCGGUCGCCCCCGUGGUGAUCAAGUAGCUGCCCUCCUAAACCUACGGUAGCAUGUGGAGUUCGGUUUCUCUCUUGCGUGUUGUGGUAUUCACCUGAAAACCCUUCCAGUCUCUACGCUCGUACUAUCUAAGGUCGGUUUGGUAGCUAGGUGUACCCGCGCACCCUCUGGUAUUUCGGAAAGACUGUUAUAUAUUGCCCAAUUAUCGGGCAGGGUGUAUGGGCCGGCGAGCCACAGACCCUCAGCUGAUCCCCCAGGCGCGGUCUCUCCAGGGUGUGAGGCGGGAGGCCGAGCCAACCAAUCCCAAUGGAGAGGGGUAGCGGGAAGACAUCAAGGGUGUGUUCGGGAGGGUACGGAUACGCUCGGUAGGGUAUAGAGGGCUGGCUGUACCGAGCGUACCGAGAUUUUCGGUAGGGUAUGGAGGUCUUCCGAGGCGUACCGAGAUUUUGGGUAGGUAUCGUAGCCUUGACCGAAGUGCCGAGACCAUCGGUAGGGUUUGUAGCGGCUGAAGUAGAGGUGGUACACCUCGGUGCGUACCCAACCGAAAUACCCUUGGAAGGUAUGUAUGCAUUUGUUGGGGAGUAGAGGGCCCCCCCAGAUGGGACAACAAGGGGCUACGGUCAUCUCCAGACCCUACUAUCCACGCCCCUGUAGAGCUCGGUCUACAACGCCCCAAAGCUCGUAAAGUAUUUAGAACGACUGCUGACUACAAGCCAAAACACGGACAAAGUGCGAGCGUCCUGGCGCCUGUAGGCCAUUAGUUGUUUGUUGGGGAAAUUCUGAUUGUGAAAAAUCUUUGGUAUUCGAUUGGUGACCCCACUUUUGAACCCCAGUUCUAUUGAUCCCACAUUUCUUGACCCCAGUUAGGCCGAAUUCCGCAUCUCGGCUUGGAUUUAGAGUAGGCCAUCUCCUGGUUCAUAACCAAUUCAUUUGUGUUUGGUCGACGUUGUUGAGAUUGCUUCGACAGAUUUUCGGGUGGAACUGAAUGAAGAAGUGUGUGUACAUGCUGCCACGUCCACCUUUCUUGCACGUGUGGUAACAUUGCUUCUGCCGGUUCUUUGUCGGGAAAUUACAUGACUUCACCCCACGGGCCAUCAACGC